AUGUGCAACUUCCUGUCAUUUCUUAUUUUGAUCCGACAUAAAGCCUUCAAAAAUUCAUUUGGUUAUCUGGCAGCCUAUGAAUCGCUUUCCAAUGCAUUUGUUCUACUAAUAUUUCUAUUAUGGUCAACGCCAUGGACUUUGCUGUCAGGUUUAAUUCUUCUUUCUUACCCGUUCAGGAAGAUACAAUCGCACGUCGAAGGAUUAAUCUUUACUGAUCGGAAACUUGUCUUUUUAUUAAUUGUCAGAGCGUCAUUCCAUUGCAUCUUCUCUCACUAUGAAAUAGGUAUAUCACCCAUAAAUGCACAAAGCUGUUCCGUUUCCACAGAGAUUUGA